ACGAAUAUCAAGAAGGACACAGGAAAUAAUGUCGUAACCUGGACUGGGAUAGGGCGGUUAAUAUAAUGAUGAGGAGGCGUUGGACAUGUAUAAAAGGAAGAGAGUUUCUCUGUGUUUGAGAACAUGUUCUUUGUAAAAGCCAAGCCACUUGCAUCCAACCAAUAUUUCCUCCAACUGCCCAAACUCCAUUUCUGAGAACUACAUCAUGGCUCCUCCAGCUCAACUCCCUCUUCGACAGCUCACCAAGAAUGGCCCCAAGAUCCCAUCCAUUGGUCUUGGUCUUAUGGGAAUCAGCGUCGGAUACGGAGCAGCCACAUCUGACGAAGAACGUCUCAAACUCCUCGACCGUGCAUGGGAACUUGGCUGUACGAAUUGGGACACAGCUGAUGUCUACGGCGACAGUGAAGAUGUCGUAGGCAAAUGGUUCAAGCUUCACCCCGAACGUCGCCAGGAUAUCUUCCUUGCGACCAAGUUUGGGCUGAGGGUAGGUGAGAAAGGGAUAGUUACUGAUUCAUCGCCUGAGCAUGUGAGGAAGAGUAUUGAGAGCAGCUUGAAGAGGCUUGGUGUUGAGCACAUUGAUCUGUACUACAUGCAUCGUGCAAACGAGGAUGUGCCUAUUGAGAAGACUGUGGAAGCUAUGAAGCAAUUGGUUGAUGAGGGAAAGGUCAAGUACUUGGGCCUCUCAGAGAUCUCGUCUACCACUCUCCGCCGAGCCCACGCCAUCCAUACCAUCUCAGCAGUACAAGUCGAGUACAACCCCUGGACACUCGAUAUCGAAGGUCCUUCAGGAACAAACCUUCUCAAGGCUUGCGAAGAGCUAGACGUGGCGGUGUUUGCCUACUCACCCCUUGGUCGUGGUAUCUUGACCGGUCGGUUCCGCUCUGUCGAUGAUUUCGAAGAGACAGAUACCCGAAGAAACUUGACGCGGUUCCAGGGUGACAACUUCAAGAAGAACUUGAAGAUUGUGGACCAGUUCAAUGAGUUGGCCAAGAACAAGGGAUUCACAUCCUCACAGCUCGUCCUGGCCUGGAUCUUGGAGCAGAGCCCCAAAAUGUUUGUCAUUCCUGGCACGAAGAACAUCAAGUAUCUCGAAGAGAACGUGGGAGCAGCAAAGGUGACGCUGAGUAAGGAGGAGAAUCAAGAGUUGAGGAAAUUGGCAGUGGAGGCUGGAGUUGUAGGAGGACGGGAUCCCUUCUUUGGCUGCUUUGUUGAUACAGCUCCUCUGGAGAAGUGAAUGCCCACAGAGAUAGCAGUGGUGGCUGUAUGAUGCUUGCUUCGGUAGCAGUUUCUAGGCCAUGUCCAUACGGAAAAGUUUACCGUUCCAUGAAGACCCAUCAUCAUGAUUAUUCCCAAAGCUCCCCAUAAUAUGAAAUCCUUGAUCAACGUAGUAUCUGUAACCAUUAAAAAUGAACCGAGUCGAGGGUGUCCUUCUGGGAACAUACUGCACCAACUGCCCAUUACCUCCAUCCCAGCAAUCAAGCCAGAUCGUCUUCCAACCACGCUCAAGAGUAUAAUCCUUGACUUUCUGAAGGAGAGCAGCCCCAGCCCCACGACGUCUAUCACCAACUCGGUGAUCAGUGACGAGGUAUUGGAGGAAGACAAACUUGCCCUUUUUCAACGCAGGUUCGAUCUGGGCUUUCAAACUCUCUGUCUCUUUCAAAUAGCUCACGAAUUGUUCUUCGACAAUUUUGACGAAACCAACAGACACAAAGGAUUUUCCAUUCUCGUCCACACGGCGGGAGAGGUUUCCGUUUGCAGUGGAUCCUGAGCUGGUCUGAUCGUCUUCAACCUCGGCGAUAAAUAUUCUCUCUCGAUCACCAGCCCCCGUUUCACAGAACUGCUCCGACUUUGAGACAGCAUCAUGCAUCUUCUGCAUGAACGACUCCUUUCUAGAAAGGGGCUCAGUUCCCCAUUGACCAGCGUUUCCCGCCGCAACAAGGUGGGGUAUAGUCGAGUCCAUUGCAUCAGCCAUGAACUGAGCAUCAUUAAAUGAUGCAGAAGCGUCGUGGAAAGAGAACUGAUUCGCCAUAUUUAAGAUGAUUAACCCCUGGAAUACGGAAAGCUCAGAUGAGGCCUAGGAGAAGGGCACUGUAUGGCUUCAAGAGAAAGGUCGUGUGUAAAACAACAAGUUUGCUUAUUCAGAUGCCAGCAUUGCAUAUGUGGUGUUUCAGUGGACCACAAGACGUAAGAUAUGUAACGCUAGCAAGGAUCGCAAUCCCUGAAAUUUCUAUGUGAGCUUCUA